CCACUUACAUAAACCUCACAAACCCAUUUGCUUUUUCUCCUUUCUCAUACCUCCAAUGGCUACGGAUACAAUUUUCAACCCUUCUAAGUGGUUCUCCUACAAAACUCUUAAGUUAAGCCUUCGUCGUCCAAGAUCAAGAUCCUCCAACUCACCAUCACAAUCGUCAACUGCUUCUCCACGAUCUCCCAUGUCAACAUGCACAACCCCAAAGAAGGAAGACAUCAACGGCCUGGUGGAAGCAUUUCGUCACUUUGAUGGUGAUGGAGAUGGGAAAAUCUCGGCCUACGAGCUUAGGUCGUAUUUUGGGUCCAUUGGGGAGCACGUGUCUCACGAGGAUGUCGAAGGGGUGAUCCAUGACCUGGAUUCCGAUGGGGAUAACAUGUUGGACUUGCAGGAUUUCACGAAGCUGAUGAAGAGAGAUGGUGAUGAGGGGGAUCUGAGAAAGGCUUUUGAGAUGUUUGUGUGGGAGAAAGAAGGGUGCGGUUGCAUCACCCCGAAGGGGUUGCAGAGGAUGUUGCACCGUCUUGGAGAUGACAGGUCCUAUGAUGAGUGUGUUGCCAUGAUUGGUGCCUUUGACAUUGAUCACAACGGUGUUCUUGAUUUCGAUGAGUUUUACCAAAUGAUGGCUUAGUCAAUUUAUAUAAUCCCUUCGUUUCUCUCUGCUUUGCAUCUUUUUCAUUUCAAUCCAAACCGUUUGCAAUGUUUAAUCGAUGAUGCUUCAAAACUUCAACAAAAAUUUUAUGUAAAUAUAUGUACAUGGAGGCCAUUUCAACUAUAAGUACUUGUUGUGUUCUGAAAUAAGGCACGUUUUAUAUAUUCAUAUUCUUAAGUGGUAAUAUAUUUGUCUUCUAUUUUA